GAACACACAGAAAUAAGAGAGAGACCACCGGCGAGGCAAGGGUAAUCAAGCUAUAGGCAGCAACAUCAAUCAAUCAGUGGGAAUCAGAUGAUCUGUCUCUAAGCCGCCACGACAUACACACAUACAUACAUACGCGCAAUUCCAUUCCACAAUCAUCUCCCCCGCCUCCUUCUUCAACCUCUUAAAAGCCUUCGAGUUCGCUUCCUUGCUUGUGGCACCUUCCCCUCCUCCUCUUCGUGUCCCACCAACGGAGUCGCCGGCCCUGUUCUUGCCCUGCCAAUUCGUCUCGAUUGGUUUCUCCGAGCUCUGAGCGCGCUGCAAGCGCAGCUGACAGAGAUUUUCUUUGGGGAGGAAGCUAGACCGGAUGCUGGGAGGGAAGAUGAAGGGGGAUGGGGGCAGCACCAGCAUUAGCCCGCUGGUGUCCUUCACGCUCGGCGCCGCCAUGGCCACCGUCUGCGUGCUCUUCUUCAUGUCCGCCAGCCCCGGCAACCGCCUCGUCGACAUCGCCGCGUGGAGCCGCAACAACGGCACCGCCGCCGCCCAGCUCGAGCACCUGCGCUCCGUCGCCGACGACACGGCGGCCGCCUCCGACGCCGCCCGCAACGUCACCGCCGUCGCCGCGCCGGCACCCGCACCCGCCAAGGCGGCGUCGGAGUACGGCGACCUGGAGGAGGUGCUGGCGAGGGCGGCGAUGGCGGACCGGACGGUGAUCAUGACGCAGAUCAACGCGGCCUGGACCAAGCCGGGCUCGCUGCUGGACCUCUUCUUCGAGAGCUUCCGCAAUGGCGAGGGCGGCGUGGCAAGGCUGCUCGACCACCUCGUCAUCGUCACCAUGGACCCAGCGGCGUACGCGCAGUGCCAGCUCGUGCACCCGCACUGCUACUUUCUGAGGACGACGGGGGUCGACUACCGGUCCGAGAAGUUCUUCAUGAGCAAGGACUACCUGGAGAUGAUGUGGGGCCGGAACAAGUUCCAGCAGACCAUCGUCGAGCUAGGCUACAACUUCCUGUUCACGGACGUGGACGUGAUGUGGUUCCGGGACCCGUUCAAGCACAUCUCCAUGGGGGCCGACAUCGCCAUCUCCAGCGACGUCUUCAUCGGCGACCCCUACAGCCUCGGCAACUUCCCCAACGGCGGCUUCCUCUACGUGCGAUCCUGCCCCAAGACCAUCGAGUUCUACAAGCACUGGCAGGCGGGGCGGUACCGCUUCUUCGGGAAGCACGAGCAGGACGUGUUCAACCUCAUCAAGCACGAGAUGGUCGACAGGCUCGGCAUCGCCAUCCAGUUCCUCGACACCAAGUACGUCUCCGGCUUCUGUCAGCUCAGCAAGGACCUCAACAAGAUCUGCACCUUGCAUGCGAAUUGUUGUGUUGGAUUGGGCGCCAAGCUGCAUGACCUGAGGAAUGUGCUGGAUGUGUGGCGGAACUACACGGCGGCGCCGGUCGCGGAGAAGAGGGCCGGCAAGUUCCAGUGGAAGGUCCCCGGCAUAUGCAUCCACUGAGAAUUUGGUUCAAUUCUUCGGUGGUUAAUUGUCCAUUCUUUCUGCUGCUGCUCCUCCUCUACUUCGUCUUCUUGAAUCAUAAUGAUCAAAGAGGAAGAUCGGGAUUCAGAGAGGUAGCAGCGUCGAUCCGUUGAUUCUUUUUUUGUUUUGUUUUGCCAGCUUAAUUAAGCUUAGGAGUAUACCGUUAAAUUAAGUUAUACUCAUAUCCUUAUGCAUAUGUGCUCUUCCAUGUAAUUAUAGAUGAAAUGAAUGCAACAGCUUAUUUA